AUGCCACAAGCACUACUUGUUCUUAAUGCAACCUUGCUGUGAGAGACAAACAAGUCUGACCUUUUGUGCCCGCUUUGCGUGGCCGCCGCCUCUCAACCGCACCCGCCGCCGCCGCCGUACCCCCUGCCACUCCUCAAGGCUUCCUUUCCUCCCUUCGGCUCCCAGUACUGCCCUACGCCCCUGACUGCCAGGCAGUCCCCCGGAGGUUCAUCCGCCUCCAGCGGCAGCCACGCACCCGCCCUCUACCAGAGUGCCUAUCCGCUGCCCGACCCCCGACACUUCCACUGCAUCUCCGUGGACAGCACGUCAGGCCAGCUGCCGAGCAGCAAGCGGAUGCGCACGGCCUUUACCAGCACGCAGCUGCUGGAGCUGGAGCGAGAGUUCGCCUCCAACAUGUACCUGUCGCGCCUGAGACGCAUCGAGAUUGCCACCUACCUCAACCUCUCCGAGAAGCAGGUGAAGAUCUGGUUCCAGAACCGGCGUGUCAAGCACAAGAAGGAGGGCAAGGGCGGCUCCCACCGCGCCGGGGGAUCGGCCGCCCCCGGCUGUAAGUGCGCCUCCCUCUCAGCCGCGGCCAAGUGCUCCGAAGACGAGGAGGACUCGCCCAUGUCCCCGUCUUCCUCGGGCAAGGACGAGAGAGAACUCGCCGUCACUCCCUAA